UCUCACUUUUUGUGUCUCAACUACUUCUUAAAAAAAAAAACCACAUUUGUAUUCUAACCAACAAAACCAAAAAAAAAAAAUCACCACAGAACAGAACACGGGAAGAGAAAGAGCGUGUCUUGGUCGGAAACAAUGGCGAGGGAGCUUCUGCCUCGUGACCUAUGCAUCUAUGUCUGCAUCUGCAUUCUACUCCUUGCCCACCAAAGUUCCUGUUUUUACCUCCCUGGUGUUGCACCUGAGGAUUUCUGGAAGGGAGAUCCAUUGAGGGUGAAAGUGAACAAACUGUCUUCCACAAAAACACAGCUUCCUUAUUCAUACUAUUCACUGCCUUAUUGUCGUCCGAAACGCAUUGUUGACAGUGCAGAAAAUCUGGGAGAAGUUCUUCGGGGUGACCGCAUUGAAAAUUCACCCUAUGUGUUCAAAAUGAGAGAACCGCAGCUGUGCAAUAUUGCUUGUCGUAUAAUUCUCGAUGACAAAACGGCAAAAGAGUUCAGGGAAAUGAUAGAUGAUGAGUAUCGGGUGAACAUGAUUCUAGACAAUCUUCCUUUGGUUGUUCCUAUAAGAAGGCUUGAUCAGGAAUCUCCCAUGGUGUAUCUCCAUGGCUUCCUCGUUGGUCUUAAGGGACAGUAUUCUGGAAUCAAAGAGGAGAAGUAUUUCAUCCACAACCACUUAGCAUUUGUGGUUAAGUAUCACACUGAUCAACAGCUAGGAUUAUCAAGGAUUGUAGGAUUUGAGGUUAAACCAUUCAGCGUAAAGCAUGAGUAUGAAGGAGAAUGGAAUGAGAACAAGACCCGCUUAACCACCUGUGAUCCCCAUGCCAAAAGGCUGGUCACUAGCUCUGAAUCUCCCCAAGAGAUUAAAAGCAAGAAGGAAGUAAUUUUCAGCUAUGAUGUUGAGUUCGAGGCAAGUGAUGUGAAGUGGGCAUAUCGCUGGGAUACCUAUCUUCUAAUGGCGGAUGACCAGAUUCACUGGUUUUCAAUAGUGAACUCUCUGAUGAUUGUACUUUUUCUUUCGGGCAUGGUGGCUAUGAUAAUGUUGCGGACACUGUAUCGUGAUAUCUCAAAGUACAAUCAGUUAGAGACACAAGAAGAAGCACAAGAAGAGACAGGGUGGAAACUUGUACAUGGGGAUGUGUUCAGGCCUCCACAAAACUCAGAUUUACUGUGUAUAUAUGUUGGAACAGGAGUUCAGUUUUUCGGAAUGAUUCUUGUGACCAUGAUGUUUGCUGCUCUUGGUUUUCUGUCUCCCUCAAACAGAGGAGGUUUGAUGACAGCCAUGCUCUUGCUGUGGGUGCUAAUGGGACUGUUUGCUGGAUAUACUUCAGGGCGUCUUUAUAAGAUGUUCAAGGGAACAGAUUGGAAGAAAAUAGCUUUUGGAACAGCUUUUAUAUUCCCAGCCAAUGCUUUCACAGCAUUCUUUGUGCUGAAUGCUCUGAUUUGGGGGCAGAGGUCUUCUGGGGCAGUGCCAUUUCAGACAAUGUUUGCUCUUCUUUUGUUAUGGUUUGGCAUCUCAUUUCCACUUGUGUUUGUUGGUGGUUUUGUGGGGUUUAACAAAAAGCCACCAAUUGAGGAUCCUGUGAAGACAAACAAGAUAGCUAGGCAGAUUCCAGUGCAGCCUUGGUACAUGAAUUCGAUGUGCUCUAUUCUCAUAGGAGGCAUACUCCCAUUUGGUGCAGUUUUCAUUGAGCUUUUCUUCAUCCUCACAUCAAUCUGGUUACACCAAUUUUAUUACAUUUUUGGUUUCUUGUUCAUUGUGUUUGUCAUCCUCAUUAUAACCUGUGCCGAGAUCACAGUUGUGCUAUGCUACUUUCAGCUGUGUAGUGAAGACUACAAUUGGUGGUGGAGGUCAUAUCUCACUUCAGGUUCCUCUGCAUUCUACCUUUUCCUAUAUACUGUAUUCUACUUCUUCACUAAACUUGAGAUCACAAAACCAGUAUCUGGAAUCUUGUACUUUGGCUACAUGAUGCUGCUUUCGUAUGCUUUCUUUCUGUUGACUGGUACAAUUGGUUUCUGUGCAUGCUUCUGGUUCACCAGGCUCAUCUAUUCAUCAGUGAAAAUUGACUGAACCUUCCCACUUUUAGUGCAAUGGUCAUAGUUCUAAGUUGAAGCACACAAAUUGUAGUAUCGAAUAUCUUGUAGUUCUGAUUUUUUGUUUUGUUUUUAAGUCAUCCAAUGUAUCUCUAGUAUCCAUAUUUUGUAUUCUUGCAUCAUACUAUUCUCCCUCUCUUCUCACUGUACUUGAAUAUUAUUUUUGUUUUGUAAUUUGUACAACACAUUCAACUAUUG